CGGUGCAGAAUCAUAACAGCUAAACUCUGACAGCUCGGCAGCGUCCUCACAACAUGCGAUGGGAAUCGAUCCUGCAACCUUCAGGUUCAACGCACGUUAUCUAAGCCACAGCUCCAGAGGCCGGGGCAACGUUUCACCGAGGUGCGGAGGAAUGCUAACCCGAGGAAAGGGCUCGUUCGGUUAGGUUUGUCCCGGAGCUGCAGCCACUGUUCCCCGGCUAACUGCUUAGCUGCCCCCCCCUCCCCCGGCUAAUGGAAGCGGCUCCAUGGACGAUCUAUGGGCCGAACAUGACCAUAUAUAGACCGGCCGCAGAGCUCCCUCGCCGGUGAAAUGUAAACGGUGGCUCGCUGCGGAGAGGCUGACAAAGGGCACCCAGAGAAAACCCCUCAAACUCGGCUUGAAGUGGAAGGAGUGCGCCACCGGCACCAUGUCGUCCGAGCAGAUCAUCGCCAUCGUCAUGGAUGACAAAAUCUACGAGGUGAACAAGAAGAAGCUGAUCGAGAAGAGCGACUACUUCCGCGCGCUGUACAGCUCCGGGAUGCGGGAGUCCACGGAGGACUCGGUGCAGCUGCAGGGGCUCAGCGUCCCGGGCCUGGAGCUGGUGCUGGAGUUCAUCAACACCUCCAAGGUCCAGGUGGUCAACGAGACCCUGGAGGACCUGAUCGAGACCGCCUCCUUCCUGCAGGUCACCUCCAUCCUCAAGCUCCUGACCUCGGAGAUCCGCCUGGACAACUGCGCGGAGCUGUACAGCCUCUCCGAGGUCUACGGGACCCACGACCUGCGCAACGCCUGCCUCAAGUACAUGAGCUGCCACUACCACCCCAUGCUGAGGCGGCCCGAGUUCAGCCGCCUCCCCCCGGCUGUCAGGGAGGAGGUCAGGGAGAUGCGCAUGAAAGGCACCGCCACCCUCAUCGCCAUCGGAGACUUCACCUGUCUGUCCCUGGACGUGCCUUACCAGGACGAGACCUGGUCCAUGCUGAGGUACGGAGAAGUGGAGCAGCGGUGGAAACCACUGGCCAACAACCUCCCUCCAGACAUGAUCAACGUCAGGGGCUACGGCUCGGCCGUGCUGGACAACUACCUGUUCAUCGUGGGCGGCUACAGGAUGACGAGUCAGGAGAUCUCUGCCGUGCACUGCUACAACCCCAGCAGGAACGAGUGGAACCAGGUGGCUCCGCUCAACCAGAAAAGGUCCAACUUCAAGCUGCUGGCGGUACAAGGGAAGCUGUACGCUGUGGGGGGGCAGUCCCUGGGCACGGUGGAGUGUUACAGCCCGGAGCAGGACUGGUGGACCUGCCUGUCCUCGAUGCCCGACCCGCUGGCCGAGUUCUCCGCCUGCGAAUGCCAGGGGAUGAUCUACAUCAUGGGCGGAUACACUGCAAGAGACAGGAACACAAACGUCCUCCGCUACUGCCCCACCUCCGACACCUGGACGGUGUUCCGGUCGUGCUCCGCUCACAUCCGUAAGCAGCAGAUGCUCUCAGUGGAGGACACCAUCUACCUGGUGGGCGGCUACACCCACGAGCUGGAGGCGGGGCAGCGGCAGCGCCGUCCCAGCCAGACGGAGGACGUGCUGACGGUGCAGUCCUACAACAUCUCCACCGGGGAGUGGUUCCAGCUGAAGGAGAACACGUCCAAGUCGGGCCUGAACCUGACGUGCACGCUGCACAACGACGGCAUCUACAUCAUGAGCCGGGACGUGAGCCUGCCCACCAGCCUGGAGCACCGCGUCUUCCUGAAGUACAACAUCUUCUCCGACGCCUGGGAGGCCUUCAGGCGCUUCCCGGCUCUGGGACAGAACAUGCUGCUGUGCUCGCUUUACCUCCCCAACAUGCUAUGAUCCACGGGGACGAUGGGGGAAGACGUCAGUGGACAGAGAGACAGAGGAGCUGCUGCAGCAUUAAUAUAGGCCAGUGUGUGGCUUGCUUGUUCCAGCCCAAAAUGUGGCUCCGUGGCAUUAACAGGAACAGUGUCUGGGUGUCAGGUGGAAAACCUUGUGACCACUGUGCCUCAAAAAGAAAAGGAAAAGCACUACUACAUUGUACAUAACUGCUGUGGAUGCAAAAACUAAAGCUACAACGACAAGUAUGAAGGUGAUGAAGCGCCCGUGGCCCCUGAAGGUCGACAGCAACAGACCAGUUUGUGUGUCUCUCAUGUGUUAAUGUGAAGGUUGCAUUCAAAUCACAGAGAUAUUCGUCUCUUUCUCUGAAGACACAGAAGUGUUUGAAGAAGCUGCUCUGAAGUUAUUUACAGAUUCCUCCAAGAAGCUCUCGACCAUUUAUGUGAAGUGGUCGAUGACGAGGAUUUAAACCUGUUUCCUAAUUUACAAGUCGUUCCUGAUUGAGGUGCCGGAUUAGGAAACAGAUGUAAGAUUUGGGAAUAAGCAUGAACCUGCAUAUAUGAGCAUAACAGCAGUUAGUGGUAUUUAACAAGCUUCUGUGUUUUCAGAGAAACCGAUGGUUAUAAAUGGAAUGUCACACUAAUACAUGACUGGCCACAAACUGGGGCUUAUUAUAACAGCAUGCGUGAAAAAAAUCUAUUGGCCCGCAGAACUCCUCAUGUUUACACUCCACAUAUGGUGUUGAUGUAUGUUUCCAUCCAUAAUUCACUACAGACCUUAAAAUAUCUCAGAAGCAAAACACACGUAUUCUCUCGAUUGUGCUGCACAUGGGAGAUUAUCCCUACGUAAUGGUUUUGGUUUUACACUGCCAGGUUUAAGGGGAGUGGAAGUUUCUUGAGAGGUGGCGUGUGAAGUGGCUCAGGGGGGGGGGGGGGGGGGGGUCAUGUGUCAUACGUACACUCCCACACUUGUCUUAUUUCCUAAAGACACACCAUACAAAGCUUAAAGGGCAAUUCCAUGAAAUGGACGAUGCACAUGUGCCUUCUGCAAACUCAGUUAAGUCGAAACUUGAUACGAAAAAACAAACAAAAAAAGCACAAAAUGCAAAACUUUGUUAUGUCGCCAGCAACUGACCAAAACUGCUGUGUUUGUAUUUUACUUUCUGCUGAAGCGAGUUUUGUAAUCGAGGUACUUCUCAGUUCCUUGAAUAAAUUGUGUGUGUGUGUGUGUGUGUGUGUGUGUGUGUGUGUGUGUGUGUGUGUGUGUGUGUGUGUGUGUGUGUGUGUGUGUGUGUGUGUGUGUGUGUGUGUGUGUGUGUGUGUGUGUGUGUGUGUGUGUGUGUGUGUGAAAACAUAAUCCUCAAAGUUAAUUUUAUUCCUUGAACUCGUCAGUUUGUGAAUGAAAGCUGCACUGAGAGCGUUUUGAUUUGGUGGAUUUCAGCUUUUUUUCUGCAUUAAUUAUCAGUUUGACCGUUUGGAUGAAUUUAGGUCGAGAUAAUAAAGAUGAUGUUCAGGGUC